CAUGCCGGACAAUGCCAGACUCUUCAGAAGCCAUGGUUUCCUUAGGGGAGCAGCCACUAAAGAAUAGCCGUGCAAACUGGUAUGCUUCACUGGCUGAGCAGUUAGAGGACGUUGGGAAACUGUCAACAUAAAGUUUUGUUUGAGGAGCACGGGCUGAAAUAUUUUCUCACUCCAGGACUGUCAUCGCAUCAGACCUGCCAAAGAGUUUCCAGCUUUUGUUGUACUUGCAGGUAUGAGGUGACUACUUGGAUCCCAGAGUACAUGAUCAGCACACAAGGAGACUGAAACACAGCAUGCAGUACACAAGCAAAAUGUUCAACCAAACAAAACACAAAUCAAGAACUACAUACACGUGGCAAGUGUGGGCCAUCUACACGGUCUUAGCUGCAAACCUCUCUGAAGAGCGAGUGCUGAAGCAGGCUUGUCCUUCAUGUGAUGCCACUGAGCUUUGCAACUGCUCUUCCAUGGGCUUGGACUUUAUUCCCCCAGGGCUCACGGGCAAAAUCACAACUUUAAACCUGGCCCACAACAGGAUAAAGCACAUCCGAUCCCAGGAUCUGCAGCAGGCUGUGAACCUGAGAGCCCUGCUGCUGCAGUCCAACGAAAUCAGCUCAAUAGACAACGACUCGUUUCGCUCCCUUAGGAAACUGGAGCUCUUGAACUUAUCAAAUAACAGCUUGGCUCACCUGUCCCCUGUGUGGUUUAGGCACCUUUUUGCGCUCCAGCACCUCUGCCUUCAAGGGAACUCCUACAGAGACCUGGGGGAAAGUUCCCCCUUUUCUAGCCUGAGGAACCUGAGCUCUCUCCACCUGGGUAACCCAUGGUUCUCCACGAUAAGGCAAGGGAACUUUGAGGGCAUUGAGCUUCUCAACAAGUUGUGGAUUGACGGUGGCAAUCUCAGUCAGUAUGAGCCGGGAAGUUUGAAAUCAAUUAAGAAGAUAAAUCACAUGAUCAUAACCAUAAGAAGUAGUAAUGUAUUCUCAGCAAUUGUCAGGGAUCUUCUGCACUCUGUCACUUGGUUAGAAGUGAGAGAAAUCAAAUUAGAGGUUGAAAAAAAAAGCUUUGUGCAGAACUCUACGCUUCCUUUUAGGAUACGAAAACUUACGUUUAAAGAUGCUUUGUUCACAGAUCAAUAUAUUAGCCGAGUAAUAAUAUUACUGAAGGAAAUCACAUCUUUGCAAGAGUUAGAGGCAAUCGAUUGUGUGCUUGAGGGGAAAGGAGAAUGGGAUACUAAAGAAAUUGAAAGAAGUGGGCAAAGUUUUGUUGAAACAGUAUCAGUAAUAAAUAUAAUGAUUCAGAAUUUUCAUAUGUUUUUUGACCUGGACGGCAUGGAGUCACAAAUAAACAAAAUUAAAAGUCUCACCAUUGCAAGCUCUAGAGUUUUCAUGGUACCAUGCAAACUUGCAAAACAUUUUUCAUCACUUCUGUAUCUGGACUUUCAUGAUAAUUUGCUUGUAAAUAAUCGCUUAAAUGAGACAAUCUGUGGAGAUGCUUGGCCUUCACUGCAAACUUUAAAUCUAAGUCAAAACUCUCUAAAAUCUCUGAAACAGACUGCAAAUUCUGUAACUCGUCUACCCAAACUGAUUAAUCUUGACAUUAGCCAAAAUAAGUUUGGUGAGAUUCCAGAUGUGUGUGAAUGGCCAAAAACUCUGAAAUAUUUAAACCUCUCCAGCACUCAGAUUCCUAAACUAACGACUUGCAUUCCCCCAACGCUGGAAGUUUUGGACGUUAGCGCUAACAACCUGAGGGAGUUUGGACUGCAACUCCCAUUUCUCAAAGAGCUCUACCUCGCAAAAAACCGUCUGAAGGCCUUGCCUGGUGCCGCACCCAUUCCCAACUUAGUGGCCCUGUCAAUCAGAAGAAACAAGCUCAACAGUUUCUCCAGGGGAGAGUUUGAGGCCUUCAAGAAAAUGGAGCUGCUGGAUGCCAGUGACAACAACUUCAUCUGCUCCUGUGAAUUCCUCUCCUUCAUCCACCACCAGGCCGGGAUAGCCCAGGUGCUGGUGGGGUGGCCAGACAAGUACAUCUGUGACUCUCCCCUGGCAGUGAGAGGGGCGCAGGUUGGAGCCGUGCACCUUUCCCUGAUGGAGUGCCACAGGUCCCUCGUGGUAUCGUUGAUCUGUGCCCUGGUGUUCCUGGUCAUCCUCAUCCUCGUGGCCAUCGGCUACAAGUACCACGCAGUCUGGUACCUGAGAAUGACCUGGGCAUGGCUCCAAGCCAAGCGGAAGCCCAAGCGAGCCCCCCCGAAGGACGUCUGCUACGACGCUUUUGUCUCCUACAGCGAGAACGACUCCGACUGGGUGGAAAACAUAAUGGUGCGGGAGCUGGAGCAGGCCUGCCCCCCGUUUCGGCUCUGCCUCCAUAAGCGGGACUUUGUGCCCGGGAAGUGGAUCGUGGACAACAUCAUCGACUCCAUAGAGAAGAGCCACAAAACGCUCUUUGUGCUGUCCGAGCACUUUGUGCAGAGCGAGUGGUGCAAAUACGAGCUGGACUUCUCGCACUUCCGCCUCUUUGACGAGAACAACGAUGCAGCGAUUCUCGUCCUCCUGGAGCCCAUCCAGAGCAAAGCGAUUCCCAAGAGGUUCUGCAAGCUGCGGAAGAUCAUGAACACAAAGACCUACCUGGAGUGGCCUCGUGGUGAAGAGCAGCAGGAGAUGUUCUGGGAAAACCUGAAAGGAGCCUUGAAGUCAUAGAACAAGUUGGCAGCCCCCGUUUCAGUAUAUUUCCACAAAGGAUAUAUGUCAGUUUUUCUUCCUGCUAAGAAAUUUUUCUUUCUUAUUUUUCUACCUAAGGAGAACCUGCUUUGUUGUGUAUAGAAAUAAUUAUCAUCUUAGUAAAUGUGAAAGACCCACUUCAGGCUUUCCAGUGAUUUCAUAGUUUGAUCUUUCAAAAUCCCUGCCAAUAACUAUGAUAUGUGGAAGCCAUGUUGGACUUCAUACACUUUUCUACAUAUAUUUAGCUGAAUGUAGGUUAUUUCUGUACUUUUUCCUCCUGUUACCACAUCCCUGACUAGUUCCUAACAAUGCCAUUGUAAUUACAAAUGAAAA